GUUCAGGCAGUCCGGCGGGCAGCUGUGCGGCGCUGAAAGACCCCGCGGCCUUUCGGCCCCGCUGUCCGUUUUGUUCACUAUCCUACAGCGCCUGUACACAGCAGGCGGGUCGGUGUGCGGGUCGGUGUGCGGGCCGGGGGAGGGCUGAGAGAGUGAGUGUGUGUGUGAGAGAGAGGGGCAGCUGUCGGAGUGUUAAUUAUUUUGGGGUUAAGUGUGGCCGAAAGCUGUAGGAAGAGAACAGCAGCGCCACUGUUAGGACACCCUAGGGGUCCGCGCAGACAGCAGCAGUGUGAGAAGCGGCUUUUCUGAAAAAUGGAGCCGAGUAGUGAGGAGAGGACGGGAGACAGGCCCGAGGCCAAGCGGCCAUAAGUUUAGCCAGCUAGCCAUACAGCUAAGCUAAAAGCUAAGCUAAGCAUUGUAACUGAGUGAAACAGAGCUUCAGCUCCCGAGGCUAAAGAAAGCGAUACACUUUUGAUGAGCAUCUCUGUGGUCUCGGUAACGACAGCAAGUCAUUUCUACAAGUUUGUACUUGUGUGUGUGAGAGACUUUUUUAUUUUUUUAAAUUUUUUAUUUUUGUAGAGCAGUUUUGUCCCUUUCAAACUUGUCUGAAGUUGUUUUGCGUGGGCUCCGAAGUUCUGCAUUUCAGUCCUGGACUGUUUACAAGCUCAAGUCUUCCCGGUUGUUUUUUUAUGUGUUGUGACAUUUUGUAUAUUUGUCAGAUUUUCUCAGCUUGUUUUCCUGUAGACCGGGACAUCCUGAGCUGAGGUCCUCAGCUCUGGACUUUUUUUUUUUUUCCCAGUUUUAUAGUGAGCGGCUUCGGCUUUUCUCCACAGAGGCAUGGAGGAAAAUGACAACAUGGACUAUUUUUACCAGCAAGUUUUGCAGAAGGACGUGAGCCGGCGGCUGCAGGUUGGUCCCGACCUCAUCGACUACCUGAGCGACCCGCAGCGGUCCUCCGACGUGGAGCAGGAGAAAUCUCGCCUGGAUAAAACCAUAGACGAGCUGACGGGCUGGGUCAACUCCAGCAAUUACAAGGUUGCAUUGCUGGGGAUCGAUAUUGUCAGCGCGUUUGUCGACCGGCUGAGUGAUCGCUUUCGAGGUUAUGUAGGCACAGUGGUCCCUGCAUUAGUGGAUCGUCUGGGUGAUGGGAAAGAUCAGGUACGAGAUCAGGCACAGACGCUCAUUCUCAAGCUGAUGGAAGAGGCAGCCACUCCCAUGUACGUUUGGGAGAGACUGUUUCCUGGCUUCAAACACAAGAACUUCCGAAGCAGAGAAGGACUGUGUCUGUGCCUGGUCACCACACUCAACACGUACGGUGCCCAGCCACUGAGUCUGAGUAAAUUUGUACCACAUCUGAGUACACUAACAGGAGACCAGAACCCUCAAGUACGGGAGACCGCUAUAACAGCUCUGGUUGAGGUUUAUCGGCACGUAGGCGAGCGAGUGAGAGCAGACCUGGGCAAGAGAGGACUGCCAGCUGCACGAUUGCAGACCAUUUUAGGCCGGUUUGAUGAAGUGUUGAAUUCUGGAAACAUGGCUCUCAGCCUGAGUCAAGAUCGUAGCUUUGAUGACGAUGACUCGGUGGAUGGUAGCCGUCCCUCGUCAGCCCAGGCAGCUUUCAAAGUCCCCAAAGUGCCGAAAAAACCUGCAGAUUCAACCAGCAGCGCCAGAAGACCCAGUGCUACUGGAGCCACCAAAAUGAGUGUGUCUAAAGAGGGGGCUGGAGCUGUAGAUGAGGAGGACUUUAUUAAAGCAUUCACAGAUGUCCCCACUGUUCAGAUCUACUCCACACGUGAUCUGGAGGACAAUUUGAACAAGAUCCGAGAGAUUCUCUCAGAUGAUAAACAUGACUGGGAUCAGAGAGCUAAUGCAUUGAAGAAGAUCCGCUCUCUGCUGGUCGCAGGGGCAAAAAACCACGACUGUUUCUACCAGCACCUGCGCCUGCUGGACGGAGCGUUUAAACUUUCAGCUAAAGAUCUGCGAUCGCAGGUGGUGCGAGAGGCCUGCAUCACUGUGGCGCACUUGUCCACAGUGUUGGGAAAUAGGUUUGACCAUGGAGCAGAGGCCAUCGUUCCUGUGUUGUUUAAUCUUAUUCCCAACUGUGCAAAAGUAAUGGCGACCUCUGGCACAGCAGCAAUUCGUAUCAUUAUACGGCACACACACGUACCACGGCUGAUUCCUCUCAUCACAGGAAACUGCACAUCAAAAUCUGUGGCUGUAAGGAGACGCUGUUAUGAAUUCUUGGAUCUGCUACUGCAGGAGUGGCAGACACACUCACUGGAGAGGCAUGCAGCAGUUUUGGUGGACAGCAUAAAGAAGGGAAUCAGAGAUGCUGACUCGGAGGCUCGAGUGGAAGCCAGAAAGGCCUACUGGGGGCUGCGGUCUCAUUUCCCCACAGAAGCGGAGUCUCUGUAUAACUCGCUAGAAUCGUCCUAUCAGAAGACACUUCAGUCGUGUCUAAAGAGUUCGGGCAGCGUGGCAUCACUCCCACAGUCGGAUCGCUCCUCCUCCAGCUCGCAGGAAAGUCUCAAUCGGCCGUUGACUUCAAAAUGGUCAGCUGCUCCAGGCAGAGUUCCAGCCAGCUCGAAGUCAUCAGGUUCACCAGGUUCCCUGCAGCGAUCUCGAAGUGAUGUGGAUGUAAAUGCAGCAGCCAGCGCUAAGGCCAGACACAGCGGACAGGCAGGAGGAGCCGGACGCCUCACUACGGCUUUACCCCCAGGCACUUAUGCCUCACUAGGCCGACUACGUACUAAGCAGCCGUUGUCAACGCCGUCAGGAAUGAGCAGCAGUCAGGUGGACUCCAGGGCCCGGAGCCGAACAAAGAUGGUAUCUCAGUCUCAGCCGGGUUCUCGCUCUGGCUCUCCAGGCCGUGUGUUGGCCAGCACAGCUUUGAGCACACUCAGUACAGGUGCCCAGCGGGUGAGUGCUGCUCCAGGCUCCCAGCGGCGCAGCAGAAUUCCACGCAGUCAGGGUUGCAGUAGAGAUUCCAGCCCCACCCGCCUGUCCGUGGCGCCAUCAAACGUCAGCCACGUCUACAAUGGAUCAAAAGGAGCGCGGGGUAGUCGUAUACCGCGGCCUAGUGUGAGUCAGGGCUGCAGUCGAGAGGCCAGUCGAGAGAGCAGCAGAGACACCAGCCCUGUGCGCUCCUUCACGCCGCUUGCUUCGCGACACUACUCUCGCUCUACUGGUGCUCUUCAUGCCCCAGAUGCCUUUGGGGCAGCAGGUUCCGGUUUGGGGAUCUCUCAGUCCAGUCGUCUCUCCUCCUCUGUCAGUGCCAUGAGAGUGUUAAAUACAGGGUCAGACGUAGAGGAGGCUCUUGCUGAUGCACUGCAGAAGAAACCAGCUCGGCGGCGGUACGAAACCUAUGGCAUGUACUCUGAUGAUGAUGCCAACAGUGAUGCAUCGAGUGCUUGCUCGGAGCGUUCAUAUAGCUCACGCAACGGCAGUAUUCCCACGUACAUGCGUCAGGCUGAGGAUGUGGCCGAAGUGCUUAACCGCUGUGCCUCGGCCAACUGGUCCGAGAGGAAAGAGGGGCUGAUGGGAUUACAAACUCUGCUGAAGAACCAACGUGCUCUCAGCCGGGUUGAACUCAAGAGGUUGUGUGAGAUUUUUACCAGGAUGUUUGCAGACCCACACAGCAAGCGUGAGUCCAGAGGCUUCGGCACGGCAGAAUCCGGUAUCAGUUCCGCCUCCUUUAAGGUGUUUAGCAUGUUCUUGGAGACACUGGUGGACUUCAUAAUGGUUCAUAAGGCAGAUCUGCAGGACUGGCUGUUUGUACUGCUUACACAGCUGCUGAAAAAGAUGGGAGCUGACCUCCUUGGUUCGGUACAAGUCAAAGUGCAGAAAGCCCUCGAUGUCACAAGGGAGUCUUUUCCGAAUGAUCUGCAGUUCACGAUUCUUAUGAGAUUUACAGUAGACCAGACACAGACACCCAACUUAAAGGUAAAGGUGGCUAUUUUGAAGUACAUAGAGACCCUAACGCUACAAAUGGAACCGCAGGACUUUGUGAACUCCAGCGAGACCAGACUUGCAGUCUCCCGCAUCAUCACGUGGACCACAGAACCCAAGAGCUCUGAUGUCAGGAAGGCAGCCCAGUCUGUGCUGAUUGCACUGUUCCAGUUGAAUACACCAGAGUUCACCAUGCUCCUUGGUGCACUUCCUAAAACUUUCCAAGACGGAGCUACCAAACUCCUUCAGAACCACCUGCGCAACACUGGCGGCAUAGCACCAGCCCCAGUGGGUAGCCCCCUGACACGACACACACCAAGGUCACCAGCCAGCUGGUCUAGUCCUCUAACAUCCCCUACCAACACGUCACAGAACACACCUUCCCCUAGUGCAUUUGAUUAUGACACGGAGAAUAUGAACUCAGAGGAGAUCUACAGCUCUCUGCGUGGCGUUACCCAAGCCAUCCAGAACUUCAGUGUGCGCAGCCAAGAGGACAUGAGUGAGCCUGCUCGCAAAAGGGAGGGAGAUGGAGAAGAGGGCGGUGCUGACAUUCCGGAUACUGGUCGGACAGCACUGGAUAACAAAACGUCUCUGCUGAACACCAUGCCCCUCCUCUCCUCUAGUCCCCGCCCCAGCAAGGAGUAUCAGCCAGGUAGUUACUCAGACUCUUCCUUCGGCUCCUCCCCCUUUAGUAAGAGCCUGAAAGAUGCACUGGACCAAGACGGCGAGGGCCUUACGGAUGAUAGCAGCGUGGACCAGUCAGAGGUGGUAGCUGAGCUGUUAAAGGAGCUGUCCAAUCACAGCGAGCGGGUGGAGGAGAGGAAGGCAGCGCUCUGUGAACUCAUGCGGCUGAUCAGGGAAACACAGUUGCAUGUCUGGGAUGAGCAUUUUAAAACUAUUCUCCUGCUGUUGCUGGAAACCUUGGGGGAUGGAGAGCAUGUGAUUCGUGCACUGGCAUUGCGGGUGCUGAAGGAGAUUUUGAACAGGCAGCCCUGGCGCUUUAAGAACUAUGCAGAGCUCACCAUUAUGAAGACCUUGGAAGCACACAAAGACCCACACAAAGAGGUGGUUCGGGCAGCAGAAGAAGCAGCGGCCAUGCUGGCAAGUUCCAUCAGCCCAGAGCAGUGCAUUAAGGUGCUAUGUCCCAUCAUUCAGUCUGCAGACUAUCCCAUCAAUCUGGCUGCCAUCAAGAUGCUCACCAAAGUAAUUGAGCGACUGCCCAAGGAAAGUCUGCUCCAGAUGCUUCCGGAGAUUGUCCCUGGCCUUAUUCAGGGUUAUGAUAACUCUGAGAGCAGUGUACGGAAAGCUUGCGUGUUCUGUCUUGUUGCCAUCUAUGCCAUCAUCGGGGAGGAUCUCAAGCCUUACCUCAGCCAAUUGUCUGGCAGCAAGCUGAAGCUGUUGAAUCUGUAUAUAAAGCGCGCUCAGAGCGGCUCCAGCGGAAGUGACCAGUCGUCAGAUGUGGGAAGUCAAGGCCUGUAACUGAACCCGCAGGACUUUGGGGACAGGAGCCCUGGCAGGCUUUUUAACAUGCAUACAAACAUUCAGACCGCUAUAAACUUACACAGGCUUACAAAUACACACACACACACACACACACACACACACAAAAGUAUGGACUUGCAUUGCUGGACACCUUCCUUUGCCCCUCCCCUACCAUUCAGCUGCAGCCUGAAGCCAUGUGGGACAGCGUGGAUCAGACUCAGCACUUCCUGUUAAACCAACGACGAUGACGACUUCUUUUUGUGUGAGCAUGAUUUUCGUUGUGGUGCUGGUAGUAAGCUGUGUCGAGCUUGUUGACUGGUCACUCUGUGUGUGUGUGUGUGUGUGUGUGUGUGUGUGUGUGUGUGUGUGUGUGUGUGUGUGAGAGUGAGUGAGUGAGUGAGUGAGUUUAAUUACCUGUUAAAAUCCCAGCAGUGAGAUAAAAAGAAGAGAGGGGAGGCUUUAGGUGUCACUUUGCAAUAUCAAGGUCAUUUCUUUAAGAUCAAAGAGCUUUGGGGGAAACUCGGAUUCGCAGGAUGCAACUCGAAAUUCUGAGCAACAGAAUCUGAGCAGAAAUUUAAUUACCAAUGCUUACAGCUCCUUGAUUAUUAAUGGUCGUAUCACUUCAUAACACUGAAUGGUUGGUUCAGCUUGCUCUAUUAUAUGGCAUACUUUGCUUGGCUAUCUGCAUGUCAUGAUUAAAACCAACCCUUCUUAUCUGGUCACCUGUAGGACUUGAUGAGGUCCAGUGACCCACUCACAUGUCCAAGGUUUGUGUCGCAGUUGGACUGCAAAGCCAGAUGUCAUUGAAGUACAUAGGCAAUAUGUAUCUAUAUAACACAACAGGAGUAUUCGAGAAAAUCUUGUGUUCUUUGGAGGGCGUGUAGAUUCUUUUAAGUAGCAUAGUGUCCUUUCUUCUCCAAUGGGAAAUUUGUAGAAAUGUAUUUACGCUUUCAAAUGGAAAAACUGAUGUGUCUUUUCCUUUCUCUAGUUUCUGUCUGUCUCUCUCUCUCUCUCUCUCCCCUGUGAGGAAAUUGUUUCCUCUGGUUUCCCCACUGCAUUUCUAAAGCUAUGCUAACAAUAAAAUGAAAAUAAAAAAAAUGUACAGACAUGAGUAAA